CGUUAAACGGAGGUGUUGUGGACACUGAAGUUACGAGUGCAAAGAUGAAGCUGGCUGUAAUAGCUUUGUUGUGUCUUUUCCUUAGUUCGGUUCAUAUUCAUUUUUCACUGGCCAAGAAAGGAGGAGGGUUUAUAAAGAAAAUAAAUCUCUUCAAGAAGACCCCCAAAGAGUCUAAACAACCCAAACAAUUCAAUCAAUUAGAUUACCCCCAGCAACCAGGCAGACCAGGGGGCUACCCGAACCAAGGAGGUCACUCCCAGCAGCCAGGGGGCUACCCGAACCAAGGAGGCUUUCCCCAGCAACCAGGGGGCUAUCCGAACCAAGUAGGUCACCCCCAGCAGCCAGGGGGCUACCCGAACCAAGGAGGCUUUCCCCAGCAGUCAGGGGGAUACCCAAACCAAGGAGGCUUACCCCAGCACCCAGGGGGCUACCCGAACCAAGGAGGUCACUCCCAGCAGCCAGGGGGCUACCCGAACCAAGGAGGCUUUCCCCAGCAACCAGGGGGCUAUCCGAACCAAGUAGGUCACCCCCAGCAGCCAGGGGGCUACCCGAACCAAGGAGGCUUACCCCAGCAGUCAGGGGGAUACCCAAACCAAGGAGGCUUACCCCAGCACCCAGGGGGAUACCCGAACCAAGUAGGUCACCCCCAGCAGCCAGGGGGCUACCCAAACCAAGGAGGCUUACCCCAGCAGUCAGGGGGAUACCCGAACCAAGGAGGCUUACCCCAGCACCCAGGGGGAUACCCGAACCAAGGAGGUUACCCCCAGCGGCCAGGGGGCUACCCGAACCAAGGAGGUUACCCCCAGCAGCCAGGGGGCUACCCUAAUCAAAGAGGCUUCCCCCAACAGCCAGCAUACCCAGCCGGGGGCUAUCAAGCUGGCCCGGGCUACCCUUAUGGAGGAGGCCAUGGUGGUUAUGGGAGUUAUGGGAGUCAAGGUGGCUUUGGGAGUUAUGGUGGUUAUCCAGGUGGAUACAUCAACUACAACCCAAACAACAGAAUCUUGAGUCCUCACUACGGUGGCAGCUUUGGAUAUGGGGGUCAUGUUGUUGGGGGUGGCUCUCCCUUUUCCCGCUCAGUCCAGUCAAUGGGCAUAUUUCCUUCUGAAAAAUCCAGAGGGUUUGGGCGCAGUGCGGUGGUGGCAGCAGGUGGAGGGGCUAUGGUUGGAAUGGCCCUGGGCUAUGGAUUAGGAAGGUUUCCUCAUCCGCACUUCCACUUCCACAGCCCCCAGGAGGAGUAUUACUACAACCACUACAUGUACAAGAAAUAUGGUAUCAAGUCUACCGAUACCAAUGACUACAGCAGAGACUACAGCUUUAGCAAACCCCCUGAAACCUAUGAGAGUUUCAUGGACUCUUGCAUGAAGAGAAAUGACCUUCUACCUGCAGAGAAUCGACAGCGAAAUAACAAACCAGCUGCCACUGCCACAAUGACAACGACAACCACAACAGCUACUUCCAUAACCACCACAACUACCACUGCACCAAACACUGGCACUGGCACCAACACAACUACAAGCAACAGCACUGCAGCAGACAACUCCUCAACCUCUUCUCCUUCAGCUCCCCGCCCUCUGACCAAGUCUGAAGCCAGUCCUGUGCCUACAACUGUACAGAUUCUCAGAAAAACUGCUGCUGCUGAUGAUGGUGACACAGUCAGCAUUGUGGAGAUUGGCUACCCAGCACUGAUUAAACAGAUGAAGGUCAGGAGAUGUGUAGAGUUGUACAUGGUUUACUCUGAAAGGUAUUUGAAGAAAAAGACGGAGACCAACCCCAUUGCUGGGGUACAAGGACUGGAAAUGGACUUGCAAGGUCUUUUAGCUAUGGUUACCGGUACUAUACUGAUGCUACUGAACAGCGACAUGCUAAUGCUGUUGCGUUGACACCCCACAAAGAUCUGUGAUAUAAAUUUGUCAGAUGAUCCGACCUGAAUUUAUCUGAACAACUACUGCAAGGAUUGGCAUGGAACUUUGUAUUUG